UAAAAGAGCUCUGCUUCAGCUUCAGAGAAGGAUCCUGUGUGAACAUUCACUAACUAACGACGAGAUCUAUGACGUAAACACGCCGCAAGUUCUGCAGCUAUUAGCGAUUAGCUUCACCGCAGCGCCAAGAAUAAAGGCGGGAAAUCAGAUAUAUGAUUUCUUAAAGCAAACAUCAUCUCUUUUACUUUGGAUAGAGUAUAUUUCAAACAUGUGAUCGUCUUUACCUCUUCCGCGCUAGGGUCGUCGUCCAUGUUUCGCUGUCCUUGUUGUCGCUCGAAGCCUCGGCGGUUGUCAUGGAAAUGACGCACACGUCACGACGCAGAGACGACGUAAAUCACGCGCGUGCGUUGCUGAAAACAUGUCUAGUGAAUCCAAUGUCUUUGUGCUUUUUUAUUCCAAUUCCCAAAUAAUAUAUUCGACCAACUAAGUUGCCUAUCUUUCCUACUAAACUCCUCUGUCUUUCCUGCUAGUUACCUGACGUUCAUCAGCAAUGUUUUCUUCUUAGACGUUGUGUUUUGUCCAUAGUUUCUCCCUCCACACAGUUCUUCUUUGGAAUAAUGCUGAUAUAACUCUUAGAAUAAAGUCUCUAAAUUUUAAUUGUAUUCAUUGUUCUGUUUGUGGUUGAUAGUGUGAGUCGCCCUCUUGUGUCGCGGACGCGCUACAGCAGCAGCACAGAGCGCGCGCGUCACAUUACGAGUUUACACAGACAUACUAAUGCAGUUUACACCCGUUAGAGCCACGGAAGGACGUGUCAUUCAUGAAUAAGUCUCAUGCUCUGAUAUUGAACAUUUCGAUCAGUGUGUGUGAUCAGUGUUUGUGUGUGUGUGUGAGCGAGAGACAGCAUCAUCAUCAUCAUCCAGCGGAGGACAAAGGCGCAGAAAUGGGUCACAGCAGCGACUGAUGAUCUCAGGGUCUCUCUUCUGCUCUGUGCUCCUCAAGCAUCACGUCAUGUUCCUCAGCUGUGUUCUUCUGCUGUGUCUCCUGCUGCACGUCUGCGGCGGGACGCUUGACCCCGACAGAGAGAUGUGUUACUCUCGACAGCAUCGGGACGCUGCUGUAAACACACAUGUGGCUCUGGAUCAGAAGGGAACCGUCAUGGAGGCCCGAGCCAUGCCUUCAGAGAAAGACUGCAUCCUCACCUGCUGCUCGGAGGACGUGGCUCCAGGGCUGAAGUGUAAUCUGGUGGUGUAUAAACCGGCGGAGCGGCCCGGAGAUCUCAACUGUGAGCUCUUCUUCUGUCCGAGCGAGAGAGACUGUCCUCUGAUGACCGCCGGCCCCGGAGUCAACACCUACAACAUUUUCAAGGGUUUAACUCAUCCAACAACUAAAGGAAGUGAAAGAAUUACAGCCAAACCUGCAGCGCCUCAGCCGACCACACCCAAGACUACACCCACCACUUCGACUACACCCAAGACUGCACCCACCACUUCGACUACACCCAUAACUACACCCAAUACUACACCCAUAACUACAACUACACCAAUAACUACAACUACAACCAUGACUACACCCAUAACUACACCCACGACUACACCCAUGACUACACCAAUAACUACAACUACACCCACGACUACAACUACACCCACGACUACACCAAUAACUACAACUACACCCACGACUACACCAAUAACUACCACUACACCCAAGACUACACCCAUAACUACACCGAUGACAACACCCAUAACUACAACUACACCCAAAACUACACCCACCAUUAAGACUACACCCAUAACUACAAAUACACCCAAAACUACACCCACCAUUAAGACUACACCCAUAACUACAAAUACACCCAAGACUACACCCACAUCACCUGUGACUACACCCACAACUACACCGACGACUCCAGCACCACCACCAACAACCAGUACCACAUCCAGCAGUGAAGCCACCGAAGCAGCACUGACUGAGUCAGAAUCAGUAGAGAUGCUGGUACCUGUCGCUAUGACAACCGCAUCCACUACCACGGCAACUAGCACCACACAAUCCUCCUCCACUAAAAGCAGCAGCACUAAAGCGCCACGGACAGCCAUCAAAUCCAACCGUCCCAAGAAACCCAGCAAACCCUCGAGACUAGAAACACAUUCAGUGAAGGCCGUCAGAUACACAACGAUCCCGACGAGCAGCACACCUGCAACUACAACCACAACCACCACCACUACAACUACAACUACAAGCACAGCAGCCGUGAUCGAGCUGGAGAGCGACCCGAAGCGCCGAGGUUUCUCUCGAGAUCCUCUUCCAGAGAAGCCCAAGGUGUCUCGAGUGAUGUGGAAGAACAGCCUGGUGGCCAUCGUGGUGAUCACACUCAUCUUCCUCACACUCAUCCUCUCACUGGCGGCCCGUAAAGCCAUGGAGACCUUCGACAGACGCCACUACACCCGACUGGAGCUCAACGACCUGCACUACGAGGUUUAACACCACCGACACCACAAUCAAAGGAGACAUGUGUUUCCUGUUAACUCACUGGGAGAAAGCUUUGUGUUUUAAUAUUUAGGCUGUGUAGACACUGCACACUGUUGACGCUUCAUCUGUGAAUCAAGAUUGAAGGAGAGAAAUCAAAAGCAAUACACUGAACUCAGGUGGAGUGAGAUGGUGAGCAUCACUCCUUCAAGAUGUUUCUUUGGCUCAUGUUUUGUUUUCUCUGGAGAAACACGGGUAAGAACGGCCUCAGCUGAGUUCUGUCACGUGUUUUCUGGAUCCAGAGCACACAUCUCCUUCACUAAUGGAUGUGCACCUCUAUCAUGAGCUUUCUUUCAGCGAGAUCCUCACAUGUGUUCCACGUUUUCACUGUAACUGAACGAGCGCCGUGGUGUGAAUGUGCUUUUUUUGGAUGAUUGUCUGCUUUAAUGAUCACCGAACAACAGCAUGAGAUUCAGAAAUCUGUCCGGUUCAUUCAGUUUGGUUUGAUCUUAUUCUGCUUCAGUAUUUUCUAAUCUGUUAUUAUAUGUCUGUUGUUGGUAUAUUUUUGGUGAGCCUUGGCUUUUACAGACACCUUGAGAUUAAUGUGAUUAUUUCUCUUGCAAGAAAUAAAAAUGAGUCUUUUUCAGUCUUUAAAA